GUAUGUUAGACUGAUCCCACACCUGCCCCAACAAUGAACUCUAAGAGAGAACGGCUCCAUAGAACGUGGGUAACAUAUUAAUGAAUUCAUUACAAUAUUUUAACUUGAUUCUUAACAGGACAAAGUUACAUGUAUAACAUCAUUUAUUAUAAUUGAUAAUUUUUCAUAGGUUGUGUUUAAUCUCUGAAAGUAUUGGCAGUUAUGUCUGAUACAGAGGACGUGGUGGAGGAGGGAGUUCAGGAGGAAGUUGAUGACUCAAAGUCCAAACCAAAGUUUCUAUCAAACAUCCAAGCACCAAAGAUUCCAGAAGGAGACAAAGUCGAUUUUGAUGACAUAAGCCGUAAGCGUCAGGAGAAGGAUUUAACCGAGCUGCAGUCACUCAUUGAGGCUCAUUUCCUUCAAAGACAGAAAGACGAAGAAGAGCUUAUUACUCUGGUCAACCGAAUCGAGAAGAGACGCACAGAGAGAGCCGAACAGCAGCGAGUACGUGCGGAGAGAGAGAAAGAGCGUCAGGCCAGACUCGCUGAAGAGAGAGAGAGAAAGGAGCUAGAUGAACAGAGGAAGAAACUAGAUGACGAUGCCAAGAAGAAGAAAGCUCUCACUAACAUGACCAAUCAGUAUGGUGGAAUGCAGCAAAAGAGUGAGGGCCGCAAAGGUGCCAAGAAACAGACGGAAAGAGAAAAGAAGAAGAAAAUACUGGCUGACCGAAGGAAGGCACUCAGCAUUGACCAUCUGAGCGAGGACAAACUGAAGGAUAAAGCCAAUGAGCUUUGGCAGUGGUUGAUGGAACUGGAGGCCGAGAAGUACGAUAUGAACGAGAAAUUUAAACGGCAGAAAUAUGACAUAAAUCAGCUCCUUGCACGAGUUCAGGAUCACCAGAGUGCCAAGGGGCGAGGCAAAGGCAAAAUGGGAGGAAGGCUGAGAUAGAUGCUGACAGCGGGCAACAGAUCUGAGAAAUCUGUACCUUCUUGCAAACAUUUUUCCUCGUUCAGUUGUUUGUUUCGUGGGUGUGUUUUAAAUUGUUCACAAUGUACAAAAUUCUCAGGCUGUACAUUUUUGCUGUGCCGUGCAUUGCUUAUGAAUGUCAAGAAUAAAUUCUCACUCACUGUACUGCGCGAGUCAAUUGAUAAUUGUUAUUUACAACGAAGGCUGUGUGUUGAAC